AGACCAUCACAUUGUUCAGUUGGUACUUCCUAUCCAAUUUUGUCAUGUGUGUAUAAAUUGUAUGCGUUUUGCAUUUCUGUCAAAUCUUCGUUGAGGACGUUGCAAGUACUUGGUAGCUUAUUACUCAGUUAUGCGGUUAUACUACGUGCUUUUACUUACCACUACUGUUUGCACCAUUCACUGUAAAAAGUUUAAAGAUGAAGAUAAACCUGCUUGGGCGAAAAAGGAUAUUCGUGAUUACAAUGAUGCAGAUUUAGAGAGUUUACUUGAGCAGUGGGAGGAAGGUGAUGAACCCCUUGAAGAGGAUGAGUUGCCAGAGCAUCUUCGCCCACAGCCAAAAAUUGACUUCACUCAGGUAGAUAUGACUAAGCCAGAGAAUCUGUUAAAAGUAACCAAGAAGGGCCGUACACUGAUGGUUUUUGUAAGUGUUGAUGGAAAUCCAUCAAGGGAAGAAACUGAAGGCAUUACAAAGUUAUGGCAAUCUAGUUUAUGGAAUAAUCACAUCCAAGCAGAAAGAUAUUUGGUGGCAGAUGACAGAUCAAUAUUUUUGUUCAAAGAUGGUUCUCAAGCAUGGGAUGCAAAAGAAUUCCUAAUUGAGCAAGAAAGAUGUAAAGAAGUAGUCAUAGAAAAUAAACCAUACUAUGGCAAACAUUCAGAGGAGUAUAAAGAAGAAAUUGAAGAAGAAAAUAAUAAAAGGAGAAUGAAGAAAACGGAUGAGCUGUAAGGAGAGUCCAACAUAUUAUAUGCUGAUGAAGUAUAAGUGAUUUUUGUUCAUGUUGUGGUUAUACCCUGUCAUUGCAUUUUUUGUAAUUUUUGUAAGAGUACCAUAAAGUUGUAAAAUAUACAUGAUCUGUCAAUGAUUUUCUAUAAAUAAAACUGUACAAAUAAACAAUU